UAGGCGACGUAUGUUUGUGAUAGUGGACAGUGGUCAACGUUAGCGACGUUUUUGUUCGAGAUCCGCGAAGAUGUAAAAUCAAUGCGUUUUCACUUUUGUCGUUCUUUUUUUAAAGUACACACUUUUGCUAAGUCAAACGAUGGAUCUAGAACCAAAAAACUAUCCUCAACUUGAACUGGCGGCGGUUUCCGGCUUCAACGGACAAGUGCAUUUCGGCAUGAGGCUUCACCCCGAUAAACAGUAUCUCAUCUAUCCUUUGGGAUGCACCGUCGUACUGACACACAUUAAAGAUGACAAGAGACACUUCCUCCAUGGUCACACCAGUGACGUAUCCUGCGUCUCCAUGUCCAAAAGUGGAGUCUACAUAGCUUCUGGACAAAUCAAUUACAAUGACUUUGAGGCCGAUAUAAUCGUCUGGGACUACGCCAAGCGAAGCUUGUACACUCGCUUUGUGAUCCAUGAAUCCAAGGUGGAGGCGUUGGCUUUCUCUCCUAAUGACAAGUAUCUGGUGUCCCUCGGAGGCCAAGACGAUGGAAGAAUCCUUUUAUGGGACAUCGCGACCAAGCAGGCCAUUAGUUCGGCUCCAGCGGUUCCUUUGAGUUUAUGUCACCGCCUCGUCGUCAAGUACUCCAACACCAGUGACAACAUUUUUGUCUCUGCUGGCAGGGCAACCUUGCAGCUUUGGGAGCUGGAUGAAGCCAACAAGAUUAAAUCUACGGACUGUGAACUGCGUAAACUGAAGAGGACAGUGAAGUGCAUUGAGUUUGCACCCGACGAUGAGUUUUUUUUUUGUGGUACUUCCAGUGGAGACAUCUUGAAAAUUAACACCAAGACAAAGUAUCUGAGCGACUAUGGUCCCAUUAAAACUAAACACAGCCUGGGAGCCAAUGUCCUAAAGGCAUUAAGUACGGGGGAACUACUUGUCGGUUCUGGAUUUGGCACCUUGACACUUUGCUCCACGACCACCUUGAAAGGUCUCAGACAUGUGCAGAUGAACAAUGGAGUGACCUCCAUCGCUCUCAAAGAUGACGGCCAACAGUUUUUUGUCGGCACAGACGCGUCCGAGAUCUACUGCCUCCGUCUGCAGGAUUUCAAAGCCGAGCUCGUGUCCACUAAUCACCACGGCGCCGUCAAGGAUGUCUCAAUUGCUUUUGGCUCCUCUGAAUUAUUUGCCACCGCCUCAGAUGAGGACAUCAGGGUAUGGCACAUAGACAAGUCCAAAGCACUGCUGAGAAUCCCAGAACCUUGCCUUAGCUGUAACACUGUGCACCUGAUGAUUGACGGACACAGCAUCAUCACUGGAUGGAACGACGGGAAGAUCCGCAUAUUCGCCCCGCAGAGUGGCCGCCUCAUGCUCGUCAUUCACAACGCGCACCGAAACGGCGUGACAGCCAUCAAGGGGUCCAGGGACUGCAAAAAAAUUGUCAGCGGGGGGCAGGAUGGAACGGUUUGCGUUUGGGAGCUGCUGAAGCACGGCCAACGACGGCUUGCCUUCUUGACGGAGCACAAAGCCACCGUCAGGUGUGUCCAGAUCAGGAGCGAUGACAAGGAAUCUGUCACAGCUAGCAUGGAUGGAACCUGCAUCAUCUGGGACAUUGUGAAAUUUGUGCGGAUUCGCAAGAUAAUUACCAAAAAUUCCUCAUUCAAGACCAUGUGCUACCAUCCUGAAGAGCACCAGAUUGUCACCAGCGGCACCGACAGAAGGAUUGUCUACUGGGACGUGCACGACGGGACAGCAAUCAGAGAGCUUCUGGACAGGGAGACGUCGGCCAUCGACUGCAUGCACGUCUCUCAUGACGGCAGAUACUUUGUGACAGGUGGUGUUGACAAGCUGGUGAGGGUGUGGGACUACAUGGACGGUACGGUCACCCACGUCGGAAAAGCUCACGGAGGAACAAUCACCAGCGUGGAGGUCUGCUGUAACAACAGUACCCUUAUCAGCACCAGCGCGGACGGAGCCGUCAUGCGCUGGAAAUUUCCUCAUCCACUCUUGAGUGACUGACCGUGUCGAGCUCAGACAAGUAACACUCAAAUCACUUCCAUUGUUGUAUAAGGGUCAUUUUUAUACAAUUUGAUCAGUAAUAGAGAAGACACUUAUAAAAUAAAAGCCACUUUUUUUAAGCCCCUUGGUUUUAUAUGGCGAUAAACAUCUCCCAUGCUGACACAGCAACACUCAAGUGAAGUCAAACAUUUUUAUUUUUUUAUGUUCAAUGCGACCCUUCCAGCAUUAGUCUGAAGAAUAUUCUGAUUAAUAUUGCGUCUGUGGAAUAUGAAGAAAAAUCUUUUUUUUUAUCUCUCGAAGACGGUGGCCAUUUUGCCAUUUGCUGUCGACUGAUUAUUAUGGCAUCACAGUUCCUAAGAGCUCGAGAGACGUUUCUAGUUUUGGUAGUGUGACGUUUGCAAACUGAGUGUUGAGCAAAGGACGUGUUUCAAAAAAAUCCCUAUUAAAGCAACCAAACUUGAAUGAAUCAAUAAAAAAAUGAUUACCCUUGCGUAGUUCUGCAGUUUUUGCCAAGGGAUGUUUAAAAUGCAACCUGAAAAACUUUUGUCAGAUUUAAUACUUUGGCCUUUUAUUGUGUACAGCCUUUGUGCGUUUUCCAACAAUAGCAGAGUAAGAGCAUUAGAGAAAUUACGAAAACGUCGGCCCUGACUAUCUUUUGUGAUAAAUCAGCAUAUCUGGCCCACUAAAUUGAAUCUUGAGCGGCGGUGAGCUGUGAAAUUAAGGCUCGGAUGAUUAGAAUCGGAGUAGAACGAGGCAGAUGCUGGCUCCCCGUCGACAAAGCAAAGUGCACAAAAAGCUCCAUUUAUGUAUUUGCUGGAGUUUUUCAGCGGCGGGAGCCUUAAUGUGAGCGAAGCUAUUUAUAGGCUCCGUUGUCGAGUACGUUUUCAACAAGGUGUUUCACACUGACAAUUGCGCGGAUGGAGAUUGUGCUUCUAAGUGGCCAUCUGGGUUUAGACAGCACCGUCUGCAAUGCACAUCUGCUGGCCUGUUUAAUAUCACAACUUCAAAGUUUUUGGUUUUAAUAUGCAGUGGAUAUAAAAAGUCUACACACCCAUGUA